AUGGGGCAUCUUGUCACCCUCGCAACAUGCUCUCUCAACCAAUGGGCUUUGGAUUUUGAAGGAAAUGCUGAACGUAUCAUUGAGAGUAUUCGGCAAGCCAAAGCGGCCGGGGCUACUCUGCGUGUUGGUCCGGAGCUCGAGAUCACCGGAUAUGGUGUUCUCGACGGCUUUCUAGAAGGCGAUACGUUUCUGCAUUCGUGGGAAAUGCUGGCUCGUAUCAUUGAUCACCCUGACUGUCAAGACAUUGUGGUUGAUGUUGGCAUGCCGGUUCGGCAUCGGAACGUGCGAUACAAUUGCCGUGUGAUCUUUUACAAUCGAAAGAUUAUCCUCAUUCGCCCGAAGAUGUGGCUUGCCAAUGACGGUAACUACCGAGAGCUUAGACAUUUCACCCCAUGGCAGCGCCCUCGCGAGAUUGAAGAUUACUACCUGGAGCAGAUUGUGGGCAAAAUCACCGGCCAAUAUAAGGUGCCUUUUGGUGACGCGGUCAUCAGCACACGGGACACGUGCUUAGGGCUUGAAACCUGCGAAGAACUCUUUACUCCUAAUGGUCCUCAUAUUCCGUACGGCCUGGCUGGUGUUGAGAUUAUUUCAAACUCGUCAGGAAGCCAUCAUGAGCUGAAGAAGCUUGACACUCGCGUGAAUCUGAUCACGCAGGCUACCAAGCUGAGCGGAGGCAUCUAUCUCUACGCCAAUCAGCAAGGUUGCGAUGGUGAUAGACUCUACUACGAUGGCUGUGCAAUGAUUGUUGUCAACGGGAAUAUUGUUGCCCAGGGUUCUCAAUUCUCCCUGAAUGAUGUGGAGGUCAUCACGGCUACUGUUGAUAUUGAAGAAGUUCGGACCUAUCGCACUAGCUCUAGCCGCAACAUGCAAGCUAGCAGGCAGCCUCCGUUCGUUCGGCUUGAUCUCGACGUAAGGCUUUCCCGUUCGGACGAUAAUGCCGAGCCCGGCCUUGUCCCAUCUGAGACGAUAUCAGCAAAGUACCACGCUCCAGAGGAAGAGAUUGCCCUCGGCCCAGCUUGUUGGCUUUGGGAUUAUCUGCGAAGAAGCGGCGCUGCUGGUUUCUUCCUUCCCCUUAGCGGAGGUAUUGACAGCUGUGCUACAGCUAUUAUUGUACACUCUAUGUGCAGAGAAGUCGUCAAGGCAGUCUCGGAGGGAAACCAGCAAGUCAUCAAAGAUGUCCGUAGGCUGUGUGCAGAACCUGAGGGCUCGACCUGGCUUCCCAGCACAAGCCAGGAAGUAUGCAACCGCAUAUUCCACACUAGCUACAUGGGCACCCAGAAUUCCAGUAAGGAAACAAGGGAGCGGGCCAAAGGGCUCUCUACCGAGAUUGGGUCCUAUCAUCUCGACUUCAACUUCGACACUGUUGUGACUGCCAUCUCGAACCUAUUCACAGUGGUCACAAAUUUCCAACCCCGGUUCAAAGUUCAUGGCGGUAGUGGUGCAGAAAAUGCGGCAUUGCAGAAUGUCCAGGCUCGUUUGAGAAUGGUCCUGUCGUACCUGUUUGCUUCGCUGCUCCCAACUACGGUAAGAGAUACUAGUGAUUUCGUGAGUAGAAAGUCCAAGUCCACUAACAGUCCUCUAGAAUGUUUGCGUGGCUACCUGACCAAAUACGAUGCAAGCAGUGCCGACUUGAAUCCUAUUGGGUCGAUAAGCAAGGUCGACCUCAAAAAGUUCAUCGCCUGGGCUCGCGAUUCAUUCGAACUUCCAAUUCUGCAGGAAUUUCUAACAGCAACUCCAACCGCCGAAUUGGAGCCUAUCACAGCUACUUACGUCCAGUCAGACGAGGCCGACAUGGGCGUGACAUACGCCGAACUAGGCACAUUCGGCUACCUGCGCAAGGUCGCAAAAUUGGGACCCUGGUCAAUGUACGAGAAGCUGCUCCACGUCUGGGGAAACGAGUACAGCCCCCGCGAGAUCUAUGAGAAGACCCGUCACUUCUUCUACCACUACGCUAUCAACCGGCACAAGAUGACUGUCUUGACGCCCAGCUACCAUGCAGAGCAAUACUCCCCUGAAGAUAACAGACACGAUCUUCGGCAGUUCUUGUACCCGCCGUUUACAUGGGCCUACAAGAAGAUGGAAGAGAGUGUCAAGUACUGGGAAUCCAGAGGGUGGACUGCCGGAAAGGCACAGAAGAAGAGUGUCAAGGCAGACUGA